AUGUCCGAGGAGGACCCCCAGGGGUGCGCGGAGCAGGAGGUGCCCAACGCCAAGGCCCCGCCGGAGAAAACCAGCGACUAUUACCGCGUGAGCGAGGACCUGCCGGCCAGGUUCAACAACCCGGCUUGGUUUCGGGGCUACAGGACCAAGGAGCCCCCCUCAGUGUACAGGACCAGUAACCAAGCUUAUGGGAGCAGAGCACCCACCGUGCACGAGAUGCCGAGGGUAUUUUAUCCAAAUUCGUAUAAAUUUUCUAGACAAGUUGCGGCUGGUGGAAUGUUCCAGAACAAUACUUUCAAUGUCUACAUGGAGAAGAGCAUUGUGACGGGUCCGGACAACUACAUCACCUUCUACGACCGGCUCAACUUCCACCCCAGCUACAGGGUCAGCAAGCCAUCCAUCUGUGAUUGA